UUCAGUGGUCCUACUGAUAACGAUAAGUCCGAUAUCGAUAGGAGUAUUGUUUUUAUUUUGUUUAAUGUAAUAUACAAUACGAAGUAAUUGUUUUGAUUUCAUGAGAAUGUACGACGCGUUGGAACGCUGCCCAGGAGCCUACUGUGGGCGAUCACCGCUAGGAAACAACAGCUGGAGCAGCUGCGGGGUCUGUCCCAGAGGAUCUCGGGUGAACCAAAGUUACGCAUGCUCUCCAUGCCGCGACGAGUUAAGCACGUACUCCUGGCUAUACCUGGGAUUCAUGACCAUGCUGCCACUUAUGAUGCACUGCUUUUUCAUUGACAUGGACGCCAAGGAUCGCAAGUUUUCGCGGAAGCAGCUGAUCUUGACGGCCAGCGCUUUCGUUGAGGUUGCCAUAUCUGCCAUCCUCGCCACCUUGCUAAUGGAGCCCAUGUGGGAGCUGCGCCUCUACGCCUGUGAUGUUCGAAAACUUACUGACUGGUACACAUUGUUUUACAACCCCAGCCCCAAUUAUGAGGCACGAGUCUACUGCACCCAGGAGGCAGUUUACCCAUUGCAAACCAUCGUGCUGGUUUUCUACUUUCUGUGCCUGGUGAACAUGUUUCUCAUACGCCCGCUAGUCAGCAAAAUUAUGGAUGUGGGGGGCAGAAGCAAGGCGCCGAUUUACUCGGCUCUUUACUUCCUGCCCCUGCUCACCUUUAUCCAUGCGUUAGGAUGUGGGUUGAUCUAUUACUCCUUUCCGUACCUUAGCGUGGCCAUAUCCAUGGUAGCCAAUGCCAUCCACUAUUCCCUCAAACUGGAUCAAACCCUAAAGGCAUUGGUUCACUCGUCGGUGUGGGAGUUAAAAAACGUGGUCAUCAUAGCUGUGCACUGGAUGUUGUUGGCCUACGGCCUCACCUCCCUGAAUUACCACUAUGCCUUUAUGUGCUUGGUGCCCUUCCCCACACUGUUCUAUAUUUUGACCGUACGUUUCACGGAUCCUGCCGAGUUCCGGGAGCUGGAGUCGAGAAUUUGAUGCGGCGACGUCCAGAUGCAAAUUUUUCACGCCCGGGGAACUCGUCGAUCGACUGUUGUUAUCUAUGUGUAGUGUACGCGUCAAUUAAUUUAUUUACAUUUAGUAUGUAGCUCAGACUCAGACCUGUUCCGAGUAUAAUUGCGGCUCUAAAAGCCGUUGAGAAACAAAUUUAGGAGCAGGUCUAUUUAGUGUUUUCGUCGCACAAGCUUAAUUCAUUCUUCGUUCUUUUCGUUUUAAUUAUAUUUCACAUUAAUUAUACACAUAUAGUAAUAUUAAAUACAAAUCAUCAGUUUCCCAUCUCU